AAGUUUCAUUAUCUUCUGCGCCUGUUUUCGGAAAAAAACGAAGCAUCAGUAAUGUCAUGGAUAUCUGCAGAUGUUCCGUUGCAAAAGAAUGGAUCCAUAGAUAUGUUAGAAGUGUUAAAGGUUGUAGUCCGUGAAUUCGACCAAGGCAAUCUAACGGUUCCGAUCAAUUACCGCUGCAUUAUGUACACUCCUGAGAGCCGACUUUAUGUUCCCGAACUAAGAAAGUUCUUAACAUUGAUCUCGAGAUACCCUGAAAACACGAUCUUCAUCCUAAUGAUUCAAGACAACGAAAGUCUUUCUCGACUAUCAUUUCACCGAACGCUCAUUACCCUGAAAACACUAUUG